AUGACAGACGACAAAAAGACCUGGCUUAUCACUGGGGCAUCGUCAGGCCUAGGCAAGUCAAUCUCUUUGGAGGUAUUGAGAGGCGGCCAUAAAGUCAUCGGAACCACCCGAGACAUUCCAAAUGCUGAAGCAACACACCCCGAGUUCUCGGUCAAAGGCGGAAUCUGGUUGGAACUAGACCCUAGCAAUAAAAAUGCUUACGAUCAAUUUAGUCAAUGUUUCCAGAAAUAUAGCGUGGAUGUUCUAGUGAACAACGCCGGGUAUGCCUUCAUCGGCGCCGUUGAAGAUACUAGCGAAGAAGAAUUACGCAAUCAGAUGGAAAUCAAUUUUUAUGGACCCCUUCGAACUGUUCGGGCGUGCCUACCGUUCAUGCGUGCCAAAAGAUCCGGCCAUAUUAUCUUGAUCAGCAGCGGUGCUGGAUUCAUAGCCCGUCCUGGACGCGCCGCGUAUUCUGCCAGCAAAUUCGCGAUCGAGGCCAUUCAUGAGUCUCUUGCUCAGGAGGUGACAAAAUUUGACAUCAAAGUCUUGAUAGUGGAGCCAGGCGCCUUCCGUACACCCUUUUCUAGCCGUAUUGUGACCCCAAAGCAGUUUGAAGCUGGCUUUAGCGAGGCUUAUAAAGGAACUCUGGUUGAAAAUAUGGUGACUGGGUCCCGAGGCCUUACGACUAUUCCAGAUUACUUCCGAGGUGAUCCUGACAAGGCUGCACGGGAAAUCAUCAAGGCGACUAACUCGGAUCAUAAAUAUCUACGGAUGCCGUUGGGCAGCGACUGUUUGGCUGCUUUGGAGCUAAAGAUCGGGAGCUUAAAAGGGGAUCUUGAGGCGACUAGACCUAUGGCCACAGCCACCGACAUUGACUAG